AAAGGUGAAAGAAGGUACCUCGAAACAGAAUGACGAAGCCGAUGAUGAUGAAGAGGAUGACGAAGCGGAUAUUGUAAGUGAUCUAUCUUUUGUACUAGAACUUUGUCUUUAAUGUGCAAUUAAGCCGUCAAUAUGUCAAACAGCCUGCAAAUCCCAAUGCAGACGAUAUGGCCAAUGCAAGUAAAGCUAAGAGCACUAGAAGCACAAAGAGUAUCGAUACAUCCGAACCACGCACGCUGAGUAGACGUGAGCGCGAAGAAGCAGAGAAGGCAGAGGCUAGAGCACGAUACUGGAAAUUGCAUCAGGCUGGCAAAACAGAGCAAGCAAGAGCUGAUCUUGCUAGAUUAGCUAUUAUACGAAAGCAGCGUGAAGAAGCUGCUCGACAAAAGGAAAGCGAGCGAUUAGCUAAAGAAGACGCUGCUCGCAAGAAAAAAGAACUGUCCAAGACUCGAUAAAUUAUCAU